AUGAUCUUUCAAAUAGUAGCGUUGCUCCUUCUUCAUGCGGUGGGCGGCGUACUUGGAGAUCUGUGGACCCAGUACGGGUGCUACAAGUUGUCUGAUGUGAAAUCGUUGUUCGCAAGUGGAUCGUCGUAUCAGUGGCAGACUUCUUCGUACUGUCAAAAUCAGUGUGGAACGGAUGUCAUAGGGCUCGUGAAUGGGAACUAUUGUUACUGUGGUGAAGAUACAGUUCCAUCAAGCGACUUGGAAGCGGAUAUGAGUAACUGUGACGUUGCAUGCUAUGGUUACGGAUCACAGGUUUGUGGUGGUGACGGAUACAUGUUGAUCUACACUGAUAGUAGCGAUCUGAUCCUGACUGAAGCGGAUACUUCCAGCUCCACUACUUCAUCUUCAUCUACGUCCAAGUCUUCGAGCACUUCAAAGACAUCGUCGUCAUCAUCCACUUCUUCCUCGUCGGAGACUUCGUCCUCUUCGUCAUCCACAUCAGCUUCGUCAUCAUCCUCCGCAUCUUCGUCGUCCUCAGAUACAUCCCUGAGUCUAUUGACUGUUGUCUCAACGGUGACAUCUUCACCUUCAGAGACAAGUAAAACGACUAAAACUGCAAGUCACACAUCAUCUUCAACUUCAGAUUCAGAGUCCACAUCUUCGUCCUCAGCUUCUUCGGGCUCGCUCUCGUCUAACGCCAAGAAUUCGUCCUCUUCUUCCAAAUCAUUAUCAGGUGGAGCCAUUGCUGGUGUAGUUAUCGGAUCGAUCGUAGGUGUAUUGUUAAUUUUAGGAUUGAUAUUCCUCUUCAUAUGGUACAGAAGAAGACGGAAUGAAGAAGACGACGAUGAUAUGUUCACUUUAUCAGGAGGAGAUGGGGUAGUAGGCGCCAAGGGAAGUGGUGGAGGAGGCGGCAUGCACAGAAGCGGUACUAACUCUAUGCAACAGAUCUACGACAUCAAUAAUAACCCAUUCUUGUCAAAAUCGGGCUCCAAAAGAAUAAACACAGGAAACAUACCGGAAGCGGCCGCUCAAGGUGGUAUCAUGACAAAUGGUAUACAGAAUGAAAGCAAUCAUCAACAUAAUCAGCUGAAUUCAUUCUCUUCGCACGACCAUGAUGAAGAGUACUUCUUAUUCGAUAGGCCAAAGGUUGACAUAACAGGAGAAGCUAAUAAAGUAUCGUCUGAGUACGGACGUAGAAGGCUCAGUAAUGGGUCUUUGCCAGAUAUGGCGACUAGAAAACCAGGAUCUUUACAGGUUGUGAAUAAUUAA